CUCUAGUCAGCCAGUCAACAUGUAUGUACACUGCUUUUUAAAUGGUUGUAAUUUUAUGGCUCUGUGAUGUGCAUCCGCAGCUGGAUUGUAAAGCUCUAAAGUAAAUCUGCGUCAAGCUCCCACACACAGACAUCGAUAAACCAGGCAGAAUUUUCCACUUAGAGGCAAUUUUGAGCUUCUCGCAUAGAUUGUAUAGUUACAUCUGGAGGCGCUAGGGUAAAACAUUAUAUUAAAAAAUACGCAGUUUUUUAAGUCUCUUCCUGGUAGAAACGUUAAAGUGGGGUGGGGUACGUAGCGGGGUGGAGGUGCGGAGGCGGAGAAGGGAUAUACGUCUCAGGAUACAGGAAAUACGGUAAGAGGAAAAACCGGGAGGAAGCCAGCUGGUUCCUGAAGGGGAUCCGCCGCCAUCUCAGGUCUCUCAGCUUUGCCUGGGCCCAUCGGAGAAAACUGUCGCUCGGGUCCUAUAACACUUAUGGGGGACCAACCUUGUGCCUCCGGGAGAUCCACACUCCCACCCGGGAACACGCGGGAAGCCAAGCCUCCCAAAAAGCGCUGCCUUCUUGCUCCGCGGUGGGAUUAUCCGGAAGGAACUCCCAACAGCGGUAGUACCGAUCUUCCCUCCGCACCUCCUCCCGCAUCUGCCGGCCUGAAGUCGCACCCUCUUCCUCCGGAGAAGUAGUGAGAUAUACAUUUCCCACCCGAAACCAGUCUUUGAAGGAUUGCAGUAUGACUCCAUUUCCUUGGUGCAUUCGUAAAAUAGUUCACCCAAUGAAGACAAUGAAGUUUAUUUACACUGCUACCCUGCUUUUUCUGAUGUUCUGCACCUGGCAGUUGUGAUUUUUAAG